AUGCACCGAAGCAUCAUACUUGCCCUUCUGGCCGCGGCCGCCGUCCAAGCCACACCCCUCAACCUCUACUCUCGUCCCGAGAAUGACCUGAUCGGUGAUACUGGUGUCUCUGCCGCCGCUCACGGUGAUGACAGUACCAUUAGCGUGAGACUUGCUAAGCGCUCCGCGGAAACCUCGAUUAACAACGACCUCGAUUUGGGCCUUAUCGCCCGCAAAAAUGAUGACGUUGAUGUGAAAGAAUCUCAGCAGGAUGAAGAGCUUAUUGGUCCUUUCGAUAUUGAUGGCAUCUUGCCUGUUAAUGUUGUCAAUAUCUAA